AUGAACGUGAGACGAGACGAGGCUCAGGUGGGUGACGUCUAUAUUCCGGCACCGACAGCGGCGGCGGCAGGGAGCCCUCCGGAGCGCCUCCUGGGAGAACCGGGCAGCUGGCGGGAGGACGGCAUGGAGAGCCACGCGGAGCAGCGCCUGGCGCCCAGCGGCGACCUGCCCCCCGUCUAUUCGUGCCCGGUGAGCCGGGACAGGCCGGGAAGCGAGAACGGCGGCAGCAGCACAUUGCCGGGGCCGGAGGGGGCGGGCGCGGCGGGGGCCGUGGUGCACCGGACCACCCCCUUCUCCGUGCUGGACAUCCUGGACCCCAACAAGUUCAAUAGCAAGGGCCGAAGGCAAUGCGCCCUGCUCUACAAGGCGGCAAACGCGGCGGCCGGCACCGACUUCGCGCUGGCAGCCGACGAGAAGCCGGAGGAGGCGGGCGGCGACCCCAAUGCUGCGUCCGAAGACUUCCAGGCCGGCAGGAGGAAGCCCUCGCUCGACGGGCGCAAACCCGGCGAGCUGUACCCGAGCGACGAGGUGGGGCUGGAACCGGUGCACCGGGAGAGCCCCCUGCCCGAAAGCGAAGCGCCGGACGAGGAGGAAGAGGAGGACGAGGAGGACGAGGAGGAGCUGGGCAGCGAGGGGAGUUGCAACAGCGACGGCAGCGCCGUGGAGGCCGCUCGGGGACUCGGCGCCGAGGAAGGCCAGAGCCCACAGAGGCAGCCGGCCGGAGCCGCUCCGGGGCUCCCGCCACAGCCGCAGCCGCAGCCGCAGCCGUCGCCGCCCCAGGGCCAGGCCGCCACCCCGCCGUCGGGGGGCAAAACCAAGCGGAAGCGCCCCGGCUCGGACUCCAAGUCGGGCAAGCCCCGGCGGGCGCGGACAGCCUUCACCUACGAGCAGCUGGUGGCGCUGGAGAACAAGUUCAAGGCCACGCGGUACCUGUCGGUGUGCGAGCGCCUCAACCUGGCCCUUUCGCUCAGCCUGACCGAGACGCAGGUCAAGAUCUGGUUCCAGAACCGGCGCACCAAGUGGAAGAAGCAGAACCCCGGCGCCGACACCAGCGCCCCGACGGGCGGCGGGGGCGGCGGGGGCGGCGGGGUGGGGGGCGGCGGCGGGGGCGCGGGCGGCCUGUCCGGGGCGCUGAGCCCGCUCAGCCACUCGCCGCCCAUGGUCAACCACGGCCUGGCCAUGCACGGCCCGCCCGGAGCCUACAGCCACUCGGCCGGCGGGCUGGUGUGCGCCGCCCAGCUGCCCUUCCUGCCCGGCCCGGCCGCCGUCCUCUCGCCCUUCGUGCUGGGUUCGCAGACCUACGGCGCGCCCGCCUUCUACACGCCGCACCUCUGA